AUGGUAGCAAGAGAUGGAUCAAAACACAACAACAUGGCAUCAACAAUGACCACAACAACGAAAAGCGAAGCAAACAAAGGCAACGUCAACGACAACAAUAUCGGUAAAGGUAACAUCAACGGCAGUAAUAGAGGCAAUGGCAACAACAACAGAAAAUGGGCAAAGCAAGGUAAGGCAAGGCCAGGCAAAAGUAACAUCAAUGACCAUAGCAAUGGAAAAUGA